AUGUCAUCCUCCUCCAACAAUCCGAGUGUUUCUUCUUCGGGUAGCGGCGGUCAAACCACCACUACCACCACCACCACACCACCCGUACUUGAUAUCAAUUCAAGUCUCAAUAUUCUUCAAGAAAAGAUCAUUUAUCAUCAAGAUCCUCAUCAUGAUGAUGAUCAAAGCGGUUUUGAUGAAGACUCUUUUGCUACCAUCCAACAACAACAACAAGUUCCUUCUUCUUCUCAACAACAACAAGAUACUCCUCAACGAAGAAAACAAAUUCAAACAGCACUCUCCAACAUCUCUGAAUUCUUUAUUUAUUAUUAUCAGAGAGAGUGUAAAUUUUCGUUAAUGAGUCAACAACUCUUAGAGACGACAACGACUUCCUCUUCUGCUAGCAACAACAACACCUCCUCCUUCUCUACUACUACUACUAGUACCAAUCAAGAUUCUGAUUCUGUCUUUUUUAAAAACGUUUCCAAUUAUCUCAAUGUUUCCAUUCAACACUGUUUGAGAGCGUGUGGUGAUAUUUCCAAUGAUGUUCGAAUGUAUGCCAAUGAACAUCUCAGAAAGAUUAUCAAAUCAGUCAUUGAUACUCAUUCCGAUCGAAUUUUAGUGAUUCUAUUCAAAUCGAUGAAACCAAAAGUGAAUAACAAGUACAGCAUUGUUACAGCAAUUUCCAAUUUUGCAAAUAUUUCUCAUUAUAUCAAACCACAGAAAUGUAGAACCAUGGUUUCAUUCAUUUUACCACAACUGAUUCAAUUUAUAUCACUUGAAUAUGAAUAUUAUACUUUUAUUAUUGAAAAUAUUACAAUGAGUGGAUCAUUGGACAAAAUAUUUGAUAUUUUAGGACCAUAUAUAGAAGAAGAAGAAAUUUACGAUUUUUGUAAAGAUUUAUUUAAAUUACUUUCUCAUCCAGAAAUUGAAAUUAGAAGAUCAAGUGCUAAAUCCAUUUCAUCCUGUUGUGCAUUUGUACCAACCUGCCCCAUCCAUCAAGUAGCCUUAGAUGUUCAUGAAAUUGCAAUGAGUCAAUGCUUUAAGAGUCAAGAAUGUACUGAUUUAAAGACAUUGCAAGGUUGUUUGAAUACAUUUUUGAACAUAUUACUAGUUUUGGAUGAUUUCUCAGGUCGGUCAUCAAGAGCCUCACCUAUUCACUACUCUCGAUAUCAAUCUUUUAGUAACUUGGUGUGCGAUUUAUUAAUUGAUUCAUUGAGUGUUCAAGAUCAGAGAAUAUUAUCACCAUCUAUAGAAUUAUUAACUAAUUUACUUUCUAAAUUUAGUAAUUAUUGUAAAAAUUGGAUUCGAGGAAAAGUGGAUGCUCUACUCUCAAAAACGUUUUACAUUCUCACUACUUCUAAAAUGUUAGUGACUGUAAAAAGUUAUAUUUUAGAAGCACUCUCUCAAUUUCUUUAUGUAUUUCCUGAAUGGACUCUUGAAGCCUUCCAUAAGAAUUCCUGUCAUUUGAAAUUUUUAUUUGACAUUUUAGAAAAUAUUGAAGAAGAUUAUUUAAUUCGAGGAAAAUCAUCCAUUCUAUUGGCUACUAUUAUUGAAGUAUGUGUCAAGUUGCAACACAAGAACUUGGUGGAGAGAGUGAGACCUUUAAUGGAAGAAGUAAAAAUUGGUGGAAAUGUUGCAACAAUUUCGGAGGAGAACUGCUCUAAUAUUGACACAAAGAAUUCCAUUCUGUUAGAUUUUGAAACGAUUCAAAGUGAUGCUGUGAGUGGUACCAACAAUGCCAACAAUACAAUCACAGAUACUUUGACCACAAUCACACCAACAAUCUCACCAACCUCAACAACAACCACCUCAACCACCUCAACAACCAAUAUUCCACUCAAAGAUCUUUCUUCACAUUCACUUCUCUCUCAACUCACUUGCAUCAUUGUUGAUAAAAUCAUGAAUAUCAUGAUGAGAGAAUCAUUCAAUCAUUUACUUGUGAGAAUGUUAAUUAGUUCAUGUAGUCUAUGUCUACCCAUUUGCAUGCAAUAUUUACCAGAAUUAGCAUUCAAUAUUCCCAAGUACAUUCUUUCUAUUAUUCAUGUGAAUGAUAGUUUUUGGAGUGUUAAAUUUGAAAUUUUGAAUUUUCUCAAUCGAUUUGAUUAUACUCUGAUUGAAUAUUAUGAAAGAAAGAAUAAUUUGAAGUUGAACUCUAUUGGUACAGUAGCCACUACAAGUUCGACUGAUAUCAGCAGCACCACCACUAGCAGCACCACUCAAUACACUCUCUUACAAAUCAUUGUCGACAAAGUUGUAUGGAAAUACAUUAGUGAUGACAAUGAAAAAGUUAGAAAAUUAGCCUGUAUGACUCUCAUACAAUUAUUACCCUAUCCCAAUGUCAUGAAUAAUAUUCACACAACAUCCAUUCAUCAUGGUUCCUCUUCACAACAAUUACUUUCAUCUCUACAUUCUAAAAGUGGAAGUCAAAUGGCAUCUCUCUUUGAAAGAUAUUCAUCAGAUUAUGAUACUCGGUUACUCAAACAAAUAAUUUCAACAGAAAUGUUACAAUAUAUUAAUAGAGAUGUCAUUAGAGAACAUGAAUUAACCAAUGUUGUACUAGUGAUUAUUCGAUGUAUUUCACAAUUGACUCUUGUGAGAGAUGACAAGCAUACAUUUAUUGGAAUUAUCAAAUUAUUAUCAUCAUUAGCAAAGAGAUAUAGCCAAUACGAUGAUUCAAAUCCACAUUUAAUAUCUCUUCAUAAUGAUGAAAAGACUGGUGGUGCAUCUCAUAGUAGUGGUGGUACUAGUACUAGUGGUAGCGGUGGUAAUGAUAGUAAUAUGAAUACUAUGAAUCAUCCGAAUAACUAUUACAACAACAACAACAACAACCACUCGACACAACGCAUUCGUCAUCAACGUACUUCCUCCAUGGGUGGUUUCAAUACUUCUACAAGUGGUGUCAAUGCACCUACCAGUAGUCCUAUUACUCCCAAACCAGUGAUUUCAUUCUAUGCCAUUGAGAUUUUAGAAUUACUAUUAGACAAGUUGAAAUAUUCAGCUGAAAUUUCUACUGAUCUCAAUGUACAUUCCAUGAUUGUUAAAACGAUUGGAUUAUAUGUAUUACAAUUGAAACAUUUAACACGUGGAAUGAAUCAAAGUAAUAAUCAGUAUAAUAGUAGUCAAAGUAAUACUAAUAAUAAUCAAAGUUUUCAAUCCACUCGUACUUCUAAUGACAUGAUGAUGAUCAAAAAAGUUCAACACAUAACUGAAAAAUUAUUAUCCUAUGAACAUUUCAUGAUUGAUAUGAUUAGCAAUGUAUUUGAUGAAACAUAUAUCAAAUCAAGUCCUAUUCAAUUGAAUUAUCAAAAAGAUAUGCACAAAUAUGUCUAUGAUAAGUUAUAUAAUAACGUUAGACAAUCUGCCAAGUCAUCCAUUAGUAAUGCCACGAUUGAUUCUACUUAUAGCAGAGAUGCUAUUUCUAUUUUAAGAUCACAAUUACUCAAAACUCUCUAUUUUAUAUUAUUGUAUGGAUCUACUCAAGUGAUUGAAACGUAUACCAUCUCAAUGAUUCAAUAUUUACAUUUCAAUGUGAGAUUUGAAAAGAAAUUUUCCAUCCUCUGUAUUCAAGAAUUAUUUGUUUCUUUAUUUGGUAAAAAAGAUCGAUACUACAACAUUAAUAUACCAAACUAUGAAAGUAUCAAACCAUUGUUCAUCAAUGAUGAAGAUGAUGUCAUUAAUCCAAUGGGAGCCAAUCAAAUGUUCUCAUUUGCCACUCCAAUUUCUUCCUCCUCGUCAUUACGUAAAUGCAAUGGACUUUUUGAAAAGAUAUUUGUAGAAGGUAAAAACAAUGUAUGGUCCACACGGAGAGAUGUUAAUUUAGGAUUGAAUAGUAUGAGAGUGCGAACAACAUCAUUACUCAUCCCUAACAAGAGUGGUACUAAUGGUGAUGGUAGUAAUAGUGGCGGUGGUUCUGGUAGUAGUACAACCGAAUCCAACAACAAGAAUUCUUCCACUACGGUCCUCACACCACAAAAAUCUUCCACUACGGCAAUGGCGGCACAAUCUCCCCCCACCAAGAGUACCAAUUUCAGUUACGAUUCUAAAUUUGGAGAUACUGGAAAAACGUAUCGACAAAUUCUUGGAAUGUUCAAUCCUGUGGUGAUUGGUUUAACAAAAUCAUUCAAACACACACAUGAUCGAUCUUUACAGAAUGUUAUUCUAUUCAUGUUGAUAAGAAUGAUUUGUAUUGGAAUAGAUUUUAGUCAAUUAGAUAAGGAUGGAUCAUUUAUUCGAUAUAUUUUGAAACAAAUUGAUGAUAUUGAAACUACUUAUUUGACUGAUUAUGAACCUGAUCAUACAUUGUAUCAAGUCAUGGAUUUCUUGUCUGUCUUGUUGUACAUUGUCAAGUAUUCACAUUUUCCUGACAAUCCAUUUGAUUGUAUUAAGAAAUUGGCUCAAAUUGGUUUGAAAGAAGAGACACAUAAGAUGGAUGAAAGAGAUUUAUCUGUAACUGGCAAUAAUUCAAAGACUUCAAAAUUACAACAACAACAACAACAUGAAUGGAGUAUGACCAGUAUAUUGAGAUCACUCUCUCCAAUUAUGAUUAGAGCUUAUUUGUGUGAAACGAGAAAUGCUGCAUUGCAGUGGAGAAGUUCUAACAACAACAACAACAACACGAUGUCGACCACCACCGAUGGUAGUGCUCUUUUAAAUGAAUUCUUGAAACAUGUCAAAUUACCAGAAUGUCAAGCAGUAUUGACCUUAUUGUUGCGAAAUGUUCAACAACAAGGAAAUGUGCACCUCUCAAAUACUACCACUAAUACUACUACCACUACCACUACUACAAGUAAUAGUUCAACGUUGAGUAACAACAACAACAAUACAACACCAACGAUGGAACCCCAUGUCCUUCUCGAUAUGAACAUUCCAAUUCAAAACAAUCCAAACACAACUGCUACUAUGAAGAGUCCUCAUCAUGCAACAACAACAACAGUAUCAUCCUCCUAUUCAUCCUCAACAUCAUCCUCAACACCAUCUUCAUCACUACAUUAUUACUCUCCAUGGAAACAUCUCUCAAACAAGAUUUUAACAGAAUGGGUCAUUCAUCAACAAUUACAAGUGGACAUGGAUUGGAGUCAUGUUUUAGUUUCAAACAUUGGAGAUGAAUUUGAAUCGACUCGUAAUGAUGCCACUCUCUAUUAUGAUCAUAUUAUGAAUCAAUUAAUGAGUGGAUCAGCAGGUGGUGGUAGUGGUGGAGGUGGUCUCAGUGGAUCUUCAACUCUACCAUUGGGAGGUGGUGGUUUAUCAGGUGGAAGUGGAUCUUCUUCUCAUUCGAGUGUCUUGUCGAAUGGUAUUCGAGGUGCGAGUGCAUCCAAAUAUGGUCAAAAAGGAUGGAGUGGUGGUAGUGGUGGUAGUGGUCAUUCAAGUCCUUCCACUUGUUCCACCGGAAUGAUUGAUGAGUUUCGAAUGGAAUUAUCGAAAAUAUUUUAUUUCAUUGAUGCCUUGUAUAUUAAUGUUCAUGAUGAAGAACAAUGGCCAAUCAUUCGAACACUCAAUGAGGCUAUGAAUCAACACUUGAAUGAAUCAUGGAUGGAUCAUUCCAGAUACUACUUGGUCUCUCAAGAGUCAUUUCGAGUAGGAUUAGGAUCCUCCAAUACAAGUCAUGUUCUAGAAGUGGAAUCUUUUACAACGAGGACGAAUGAUGGUCAUCCAAUGAUGACCAUGAUGACCACUACUCAGACUACUCAGACUACCACCAAUACUGAACCUAUUGAUGUACAUGCUACAUUUUCUUCUUCGGACGAUGCAAGAAUAUUCGUCAUUUCCAAUCUACUCAAAUCACUUCUCUUUAUGAGAUUAAUGAACAGAAUUGAUAAGAAAGAGAACAAAGUUGAACACUCUUUACGUACUUUGGAAACAUUUUUAAUGUUUUGUGUCAAAUCAUUGAGAAUUUAUAUCAAUCAUAGAGAUUCAUCAUCCAUCACAAUUGUCAAGUAUUUAACAUCAGAAAUGUUACUAGUAACUAUGGAAUUACAAGAAAGAUUAUAUUCCAAAUUAUCCAAUCAUAGACUCAUUGAUAAUGUUGACAAAUUGAAUGAAAUUUAUAGAAAAGAGAUUAUCUAUUUUUGGAAAUUAUUUACAGUGAACAGUGAAUACAUGGGAGAAGAUACUGAGAAAUCAAUCAAGAGAUUUGAUUUUCCAAUCUAUGCCUCUAUUUUAUCUCUUUUAUUAUCACAUUCUAAAAUGUUACCAAAAGAAUUUGGUAUUUCAUUUUUCAUUGAAAUUUACAAAGUAUUCCAUUCGACGAGUGCUGCAAUUAAUUCCACUUCUAAGAAUGCUGUCGACACUCCUCCUCUCACGAUGGCCUAUCACUAUCAAGUCAUUCAACAGAAAUCUCUAUUUUUAAGUAUUAUUCAUAUCAUAUUGAGUAUUGUUCAAUCAUCAAUCAGCAACUCGAAUUCGACGAAUCGAUUGAAUUCUGUUGAUUCCAAUUUCAAGAAUAAUAAGGAACAACACUCGGAUCCUUUACAGUCCACUUCCAUUCUAGAUCAAUUCUCUCCAAAUACAACUGAAUCUCAAUUCUCGACUCCUCUCACAGAACAUCCUUUGAAUCUUUUAUUUAAAGAAUGUUCGAUUCAAUAUUUAUCAAGCAAGAUGUGGAAGAAUAUGUUGAAUCACUUCAAUGAACCCAUUGUUCAAGAAUUUAUUACUUGUUAUUCUGACAGUAUUCAAUCCUCCAAUGAUUUAAUUGGAUUAUUUGAAGAAUUAGAUGAGAAAUUCUCCAUUAAGAAUCAAUUACAAAUCAGUGAUUUGAGAAUAUUAUUCAACUUUGUUAAGAAUUAUAUUAGAAAGAGUCAUUUACAUUGUUUAAUUCCAAAAAUGGUGAAUCAAUUAGAAGAAAGAUACAAAGUUGAAACCACAUUUAUGAAAAAGAAAAUUCUCAAAGAUAUGAUCAAUUACAUUAAUCAAAAUAACACAAAUACUCUCAAAGCACAAAUGUUGAAAAAUGAUUACAAAGUCCUUGAUAAGAUUAUUGAAAAUGUGAAUCAAACUAUUUUGAAAUAUCGAAUCGAUGAAGAGCAUUCAUUCACUUCUACCACUCGUAUCAUAGAUCCCUCUCUCAAUCCAUUAUUGGUACAAAGUGAAUUGGCAUCCAAUCCAUUUGUAAUUUCUAACUUUUUAAUUGACUAUAUGGAUAAGGGUGAUUUGAAAUAUGUUCCAAAUAUUGUCUCUUCAAUGAAUGCUCAAUCUCUGAAGGAUAUUAUUUCACAUUUUUCUGGAAAUAUUGAAUUUGUGACCUCACUACUCAUUCACUUAAAGACAUUUGAUCAAAUACUUCCAUUUAUAGAUUUUACAUUUGAUCAAAUGAAUCGAUUGAAUCAAGACAUGACAAGACAAAACAAAUCAUCAUCUUUCAGUACCUAUUUGAAAUUAUCAAAUUUACUCUCUAAAUUACUUUCUAAAUGUAGAGCAUUUCAUUUAAUGGAAGACAAGACAAAACAAGUCAUUCAAUUCACUUGUCAAUUUAUUCACUUGUUUUAUGAAGAGAGACUUUUACAACAAGCAGUGGAUUUGAUUGAUGUUGAUUACAUGUUAUCACUCAUUCAUCAAGUAUUAUUGUCGUAUGGAAGUUUAUUUCAACAAGAUUCAUCAUUCAUGAUUGGUGGUGGUGGUGGUGGUGAUCAAUGGUCAUCUAAUCAUACAGAGGAGUGGUUGAAUUCAAGUGGUGGUAUUGGUGGUGGUACUAGUGGCGAUAUUGGUGAUCAUAUUCAUUCAUUCACCACACUCAUUCAUUCCUUCAUUUCCAAAACAUGUCAAUUAAUUAUUGAUGCCACUACCGUCAGUUCAAAUACAAGGAAUAUUCUUACCAAUUCAAAGACAAGUAAUCAUCACCAAUCCUUCCAAAGACAUUUGAAACUCAUUCUAUUCAAGACCUUUCAAUUGCAUCCCAAUAUGACCAUGCCAUCAGAAUUUCCUGAUCUGGAAAGUGGUGCUAUUGGUGGUUCAUCGGGUAGUACGAGUAGUGGAAUGAAUUCACUCUAUGGAUUCUCAAUUGGUAAUAGAAUUCCAUUCAUUUCUUAUCAUCAUUUGAAAUUAAUUCGAUCCAUCGGAUUGGAACUAUCCAAAUGUUAUAUGAAUUUGGCAUAUUCUCCAUUUCUACCAAAUUUAGAAACUGGAUAUUAUCCUAGAAUUGAUAAUGAACAAGUAGAAACACUCAUAUUGAUGAUACAAGAAAUGGGAUGUAAUGAGGAUAUUUUCAAACAAUUAUUUGAAAUGUGUUUUGAUUUAUUGAAAUCAGAAAUAACUCAACCUUUUGAUGAGAUUCAUGUUCUAUUUUUGAAAUUACUCACAUGCAUGAUUUGUAAGAUGAAUCAACCACCACAAACAUUUACAUCAUUGAAUGAUAUUGAUGAUGAUGAUCAUUUGUUUACGAAUUCGAGUGGCAAUGGUAGUGGCAAUGUUAGGAGCGGUGGUGGUGGUGGUAGUAGUAGUACUGGUGGUAAUAGUACUGGUGGUAAUGCCAAUUCUCCUUUGAGUGCCAUUCUCUAUUGUGUGGACAAUUACUUGUUAAAGACAACAAAAAGUUCUCCUUGUGGCACUUCUGACAAGUUGUCAAACUUGAAGAUGUUAACACCUUCCAACAACAACACCAUUCAAGUAGAAGACAUGUACUCGAGAGCUCUCUUCAAUAGUUUCAUGCUCUUCAUUCAAGAGAGUAUUCAAAAAUAUUCAAAAACAAAUUUAAUGAUUGCAAAAGAAAUGAUCAAAUCCCUACUUUUAAUAUUGAAUAACAAUAUUGUACUCUUUGCAAUCAAUAGUCAGACCUAUUCACUUCAAUGGUUGUUUGAUCUCUUUAAGAAUACAUAUAAGGAAGCCAUGCUGUACGAUGAUUGGUUGCUCGCACAAUAUGCUAUUUAUGGACUUUCUAAAACGUAUGCCAUUUUGCAUUCCAAUAAUUCAAGAGAUGUGGUCAAUGAAGAUUACAUGAUCAAAGUAAUGGAGACAUCUCUCGUAAACUCUCAUACCAAACAAUCAGCAUGUCAAAGUAUUCUCUCAUUUAUUGAAUGCAAUAAUAGAAAUAUUGUACUGAAAUUAUUACCAUAUUUAGCAAGUAAUAUUCAAGGAUGGUUAUUAGAGAAAGAACAAACCGUGUAUAAUCAAUUACUACUCUUGAAAAUGAUUACACUCAUUGUACAACAAUAUCCAGAAGCAUCUGUUCAUCAAUUAACAAAAAAGACCAUGGAAGCACUUUUCAAUUUGAGUGAUGAUAUUGAUGCUCCACUUUCCAUCGUGAUUACCAUCUUUAAAUCCUUACAGAAUUUAUUAAUGAAUUAUUCACUCUCACAAUUUGAAAGAAGUUUAAUUGAGGCCAUGACGAGUAUCAAACAAAGUGCAUCGUACAUGUCGUCUUCCUCUUCAACAACAGCAACAGGAAUCAUGAUGACCAAUACUACUGCUGGUGCUUCUACUACCCCAAAUAUGAACCAUGUAAAUAGUAACCACCUCAUAGCAACAACAACAACUCUUCAGAACACAUCCAUGAUGAGUAAGAUUGUUCAUCCAUUUAAAAAGAUGACCAUUGAUACUUCUACUUUUUCAAACUUUACACAAAUGCUCGCUCAGAAUCGAACCAUCUUGUUAGUGAGAAAACCAACUGCUGCAUUCUCAGGUAAUAGUAGUUCUAGUUCCACACCAUCAUCCAAUUUGAAUACUACUGGUAAUAGUUCUCACACAAAGACCACUAAUGUUGAUGAUGUUGUUGCCUCAAGUAAGAACAAGAGUAUGAGUACUUCUUCUUCUACUAGUAGUAGUAGUAGCAGUAGCAGUGGUGGCAGUGGUAACAGUAGCAGUGGUGGUGGUGGUGGUGGUGGUGGUCAUUCAACUACACCUACUACUAAUACUACUACUCCUACUAAUAAUACCAUUAUAGAUAUCAAACUCACUCCAACAAGUUCUUCCACUACUUCUCAACCCAACACUACCACCACGACAGCCACUACAAAGAUGAAACAAUUUAUGAGUUUCUUCCAACCCAAGAAGAACUCACCGACUCCAACCACUGCUGCAUCUAGUGGUUCAAGUGGUGGUGGUAGUGGUGGCAACACAAAUGUCAGUUCGAGUAGUGGCUAUAGUACUAGUGGUGGUAGCAGUGGUGGUAGUGGCUAUAGCACUAGUGGUGGUAGCAGUAGUAGUACUUUGAGUAAGGCAACAACAACACCAUCCACUCAGCAUGCUCCAACCAAAUCUCUUGACAAUAACAUCACUCUGAGUAGAAGUGGUAGUGUCAGUGCUGGUUUAUCAUCUUCCAUGUCAAGUACAAGUAUUGCCAAGAGUAUAAGUAUGACAUCGAUUGCAAGUGCUGUCUCUCGUUCUGCUGAGAGUCUUCAAAAUAACAUUUCACAAACGAGAAGAAUACUAUUAUUGGGUUUAAUGGCAACUUUCAUGUAUACUUCAACAUUUUCUGGAAAUAAUGGAAGUAUGAUCAUUUCUUCUCAAGAUUCAUCACAAAAAGAACGUGCUAAAGUGAAUAUUUUACAUUUAAUUGAACAAUUCCAUGAUGGUGAAAUUGAUCGAGAAGGUGAAGUUCUAUUGAGAUUUAUUCCACAAUUAAUGGAAGACUUUUUUGAAAGUGAACAAAUUCUACCACUCUUGUACAAUGAAUUUUUGAGUGCCAAAACACAUCCAUUGUUACUCUCUUUGUUACUCUCUCUUCACAUGCCACAUAUAUGUGGCAAGGAUUCAACCAAUCAGCAGAAUUUUGAAAAUUGGAUUAAUAUGAGUAUGCAAACCUUGUGUUUGAAGCAACCACCAAGUGGAGCCUUGUGGGCUCUCUUGUGUCUAUUCAUUACUGUUUGUAUGAGUGAAUAUGAUCAUCAUCAUGCUGCAUUGAUCUAUUUUGGGUCAAAUCAUUGUGUCCAUGAAUGGAAUCAAAUUUCUUCACAUGCCUUCCUAUUGUAUGGUUCAAUAUUUUAUAACUACUUGUGUCAGAAACAAAUGAAAGAUGCUAUCAAGACAUUCUCACAAGUGGUGUUGCCUCAACUCAUUGAAGAUUGUAAGGGUCAUUUGAUUUAUGUCAAGUUGUUGAAGACUUUAAAGUUUUUAUGUAGUGGUGGAACUCGAGUGCAAUCCAAUAAUAGCAGCAAUGAAACCAUGAUUGAAACUACAAAUUCUCCAAAGCAGUCAACAAAAGAUUCAUUGGCCAGUGAAUUGGACAGCUUCUUUUGA